UUUCCCCAGAAAAUUGGCAAACCCUAGAGAGAGGGAGAUUGAGCAGAGAGAGCGAGAAAAAGAAAAGAGAGAACGGGACUAUAGAGAGGUCUCAGAAAUCUGUUCGAUCGAUAUCGCAGUAUUUCCUAUGUUGCGAUUUGGAGUUUGAAUGGAUAUCUGUCGGGGAGAUUUGGUGUCCGAUAUUUCCUAAACCGUUCGAUCUUGUGAUUUCCAUCGGUUCGUAUUGCGGAUCGGAAUCGAUUUCGUUUCAAUCAAUAGAAUGAUUUCGAAUCCAAGUCUCGUGUUCUACACUUGCAUUGCGAAGAAAACUGUGGUUCUCGCCGAGUUCUCUUCGAAGGAGCCCGGGAUCGAAGCCUUAGCUUUGAGAUGCAUCGAGAGCGCGCCUCCCAAUCAUUCGAUGUUCUCUCAUACGGUCCGCAAAAGAACGUACACUUUCUCGAUCCAUGACCCGUUUGUGUAUUUCGCAAUCUUAGAUGAAGAUGUGGAGAAAUCGGAGAGCCUCUGGCUCCUGAAUCGUUUAAAGUCAACCAUGGAAGAUCUGAUAAAAGCCGGAUCGGUAGAUUCGUUGGAUAACCCCUCGCCGCAUUGUCUCCAGUCAAAACUCGAUCCGGUUUUCGCUGAGAUCAUGGGUUUUGAUCUGAAUUUGGAUAUGGAUAUGGAUUUGGUGGGAUCUCCGAGGAGCGUAGGGAGGGAUAGCAGUCGGAAUCCGAGCAUCGAUUCCUCGAAAGGGCGAAGAGCCGCAAUGAUACCGCUCCUGGGAAAGCCCUUUAAGGUGUUGAAGAAGAAGAAGAGACUGCACACGGAGACAAAGGAUGAAGACGCGGCGGUCAAAGAUUCAGAGAGGAAACUUGAUUUCUGUGGGGAUGGAGGCAAUGGCGUGUCAUCAAAGGAACUGAGGAACGGGUUACUACACGAUCAUCACAGUCAAAAGGCGAAGCAGAUGUGGAAGAAACAUGUGUGGGUGGUAUUGACGUUCGAUGUCCUCAUCUGCGUUGUUCUGUUCGGAAUCUGGUUAUGGGUUUGCCAAGGCUUUCAAUGCAUCGAAAGAAAAGGGUUUGAAGUUAUCCGAUCGUACAAGACGAGGACAAAUUGCUGAUUUGUUCAUCUGGGUUUUUUCUUCAUCGAAUUCCUUACUUCUUUCUGUUCAUGUCAUGGUUUUUUUCUCUGUCAAGAGUGUUGUUUCCGGGAUCGAAUCAAUGUCGAAAUCCAAAAUCCUGGUUUACACGUUAGUAUUGUAUCAUGCUCUGGAGAUUUCCUCUCUCACAGCGAAAAUGAGUGUUUGCAUA